AUGGGGGAAUGUGUGGUGAUAGCUGAUGGAGCAGCCAAUCAGAUCCCUCCUGAGUGUGUAGCCCAGGAAACAGAGGUACGAGGGUUCAGUGACCCUCAGAAAGAGGAGUACUUUAGGAAGAGGAUCAGCGAUGAGAACCUGGCUAGUAAAAUCAUCAAACACAUGAAGUCAUCAAGAAGCCUCUACAUCAUGUGUCACAUUCCAGUGUUCUGCUGGAUCUCAGCCUCUGUUCUAGAGAGAAUUCUGGAUGGAGCCAAGGGGAAAGAGAUCCCCAAAACUCUGACUCAAAUGUUCACUUACUUCCUGAUAUUUCAGAUAAAACACAAGGAACAAAAGUAUCAUGGGAAAUCUGACCCUGAUUCACACCAGACCAGAGAGACAACACUGGCACUGGGAAAAUUGGCCUUCCAACAGCUGGAGAAAGGAAACCUGAUCUUCUAUGAGGAAGACCUGACAGAAUGUGGCAUUGAUGUCAAAAACACAUCAGUGUACUCAGGAGUCUGCACCCAAAUCUUCAAAAAAGAGGCUGUGCUGCACCUGGGUCAGGUCUUCAGCUUUGUGCACCUGAGUGUUCAGGAGUUUCUGGCUGCUUUAUAUGAAUUUCUCACCUUCAUCAACAAAAACAGAAAUGUGCUGGUGAUGCAAAACACUGAAUUCUUUAACACCAAUAAAAACCCUAUGUCUGACUUUCUGAAGAGUGCAGUGGACAAGGCCUUACAGAGUAAGAAUGGACACCUGGAUCUUUUCAUCCGCUUCCUCCUGGGUCUCUCACUGGAGUCCAAUCAGACUCUCUUACUAGGUCUACUGCCACAAACAGGAAGUAGCUCUUACAACAAAGAGGAAACAGUCAGGUACAUCAAGGAGAAGAUCAGUGAGAAUCUCUCUUCAGAGAAAUCCAUCAAUCUGUUCCACUGUCUGAAUGAACUGAACGAUGAUUCUCUACUGGGUAACAAUAAACUGAAGGAUUCAGGAGUGAAGCUGCUCUCUGCUGGACUGGAGAAUCCACACUGUAAACUGGAGAUACUGGAGUUGUGGGGUUGUGAUCUAACAGAGGAAAGUUGUGAAGUUCUGUCCUCAGUUCUCAGUUUAAACUCCUCCAGUCUGAAACAUCUGAACCUGAGUAACAAUAAACUGAAGGAUUCAGGAGUGAAGCUGCUCUCUGCUGGACUGAAGAAUCCACACUGUAAACUGGAGAUACUGGAGUUGGCUGGUUGUAAUCUAACAGAGAAAAGUUGUGAAGUUCUGUCCUCAGUUCUCAGUUUAAACUCCUCCAGUCUGAAACAUCUGAACCUGAGUAACAAUAAACUGAAGGAUUCAGGAGUGAAGCUGCUCUCUGCUGGACUGGAGAAUCCACACUGUAAACUGGAGAUACUGGGGUUAAAUUGCUGCAGUAUUACAGAUGAAGGUUUUACUGCUCUGGCUUCAGCUCUGAAAUCAAAUCCAUCAUCACGUCUGAAAGAACUGCAACUGAACCACAAUCAUCCAGGAGAAUCAGGAGUAAAACUGCUCAAGGAUCUACAGGAGGAUCCACAAUCAGCAGUGGUGCCUCCGUACCAGACUGUGAUGCAGCUUGUCAGGAUGCUCUUCACAGUGGAUCUGUAG